AUGACUUCAAAGAAUAUGGUCCCCAAUCCCGUACCAAGGUUAUACGAGUCUGUGGUUGAGGAAGUAAUCUCUAAAGUGCGGGACUCGGUGCUGGAUGAAGGACUAGACGAGAGCGUUCUUUGUGACUUGAAAGCGCUCUGGACAAAGAAACUCGAAGAAUCGAAAGCAAUGAGCGGGCCCGAACCUACCAACGAGUAUCGUUCCUACGUUGGUCGCCACGGCCCACCCGGCGACACUCCCAACAUUUAUCAUCCUCAUCCGCAGCAAGCCCCUCUUCAUCGUCAGCCACCUUAUCGCCACAUCCAGCAGCAGCAGAUUCCUCAUCCAAGACUCGGCCCGCGAGUCAUGCCGCUGCCUGGAAUUCCCACACCACUGCCACAACCAAUACCUCAGCCUGUGAUGCGUCCCCACCCAACCCAGGCAUACAACCCGCGGAUGCCCGCCCGAGCGAGCCAUCACCCCCAUCCGAUUCCCGCCAGUUCGCCGAUGGCGUUGCAUCCGCAGCACGGACCUAUCCCUCCCCACAGCCAGUCGCCCCACUCCUAUCCGAAUGAGCACCCAAACCCCUCGCAAACGCCAACACCCCCACUUCACCCACAUCACCCAGCAUCUCGCAAUGCGCCUCGCCACAUAAGCCCACAUAUUAUCCGCCAAAAUCAUACUAUUCAGCGCCACGGUCUCCCCAUUUCAUCUCCAGCUCCUCAAAUGCAACACCAAAGUGUCAUUCAAGCAAAUCAUUAUCGUCCUGGACAGGUCGACGGAGCGAUAGACACAGAUUCUUCCGAUUUAGACUCCAGCUCCGACGAAGAACCUCCACCAGCGCCAUAUACUCAAGAAGACGCUGAGCCACUCAAUUCCGACGAUGAUGUCUCAGAUUCUAACGAUAAUGAAAUCUUCGAAACAGAAAAUAUUGUAAUUUGCCAAUUCGACAAAAUCGCUCGGGUCCGAAACAAGUGGCGCUUCCAGCUCGUGAAUGGUAUCAUGACCCUGAAUGGAAAGGACUACGUUUUCCAAAAAGCCACUGGAGAUGGAGAGUGGUGA